AUGAAUAUCUACUUGGCAGAACAGCCAGAGAGAAGGAUUGCUAUCAUAUCCAAAGAAUAUGCAUUGAUCAUUAAAGCUAUAAAGAUAGAUAAGAAUGUUACCAAACCAUCUUGUGCCAUUGAACUAGUAAGAAAAGAAUCAUUAACAAAUCAAGGAUUCACUCGUCUGACUUCCAGCGAAAUAAGUGGUUUCAUUGGUUUGAUCGAAGUCGAUAAAUUGAUCUUCAUAGCUACUAUAUCUAGUUCUGCAAAAGUAGCAGCACCUAUCCCUGGUGAAACUGUAAAGAAGAUUUCUUCAGUGGAUUUCUUUUGUUUAAAUGACCAAACAUGGGAUUUCUUUGAUAUAGACUCGAAUGGAUAUCCUAUCCUCCCUGAUAGAGAUGCAAACGAUAUUCAGGUUACUUUACCAAGACACCCAUGUGCAGACAUACGAAAACUGUUAUCAAAUGGUUCCUUUUUCUAUAGUUCUGAUUUUGAUUUGACAUCAACUCUACAAAAUAGAGGUGUUGGUGCCCAUUCUUUAAGUACUGAUAAUUUCGAACAAGAAUAUAUGUGGAACUCAUUCAUGAUGGGUGAAAUAAUCACAUAUAAGGAUAGAUUAGAUAAUGAAGCCAAACAAAUAUUAGAUGACGAAGGUUUCUUGACCACAGUUAUUCGUGGGUUUGCAGAGACAUUUGUCACUCACGUUAAGAGUGUUAAGGUGGCGAUGACAAUUAUCUCCAAACAAAGUUGGAAAAGAGCAGGUACUAGAUUUAAUGCUCGUGGUGUGGAUGAUGAAGCAAAUGUCGCCAAUUUUGUGGAAACUGAAUAUAUCAUGUAUUGCAAUAAUUACUGUUAUGCUUUCACCGAGAUAAGAGGUAGUAUACCUGUGUUUUGGGAACAAGAUACAUCCUUAAUUAACCCAAAGGUCCAAAUUACAAGGUCUAUGGAGGCAACCCAACCUAUUUUUGAUGAACAUUUUGAGAAAUUGAUCAAGAGAUAUGGUCCUGUUCAUGUUGUCAAUCUAUUGUCCACUAAGAGCUCAGAGAUUGAAUUGUCUCGUCGUUACUAUAAUCAAAUUAAACAAUCCAAGAAGUUGAAGUUGAAUUCUGACAUUUUAUACACUGCAUUUGACUUCCAUAAAGAAACCGCUCAAGAAGGGUUUUCUGCAGUUAGCAAAGUUAUUCCAUUAGUUCUGGAUUCUUUAUUAAUUUCCGGUUAUUUCGCAUAUGACUGCAAAGCUAAGAAAGUAAUGUCUGAACAACAUGGUAUCUUUAGAACAAACUGUCUUGAUUGUUUAGACAGAACAAACUUAGUCCAACAAAUUAUAUCAUAUACCGCAUUUAAGACAUUUUUGGAAGAUUUCCGAUUUAUUAAUAAAGGUGAUUAUGUUGAUGAGAGUGAUUUCACUUUAAAACAUAACGCUCUAUGGGCUGAUCAUGGUGAUAUGGUCUCACAAAUUUAUACAGGUACGAAUGCAUUAAAAUCAUCUUUUUCCAGAAAAGGUAAGAUGUCAUUUGCAGGUGCCUUGUCAGAUGCCACAAAGUCAGUUAGUAGAAUGUACAUUAAUAAUUUCAUGGAUAAAGGAAAACAACAAAACAUCGAUAUGUUAUUGGGUAGAUUACCUAAUCAACAAGCAGUCCAAUUGCAUGAUCCUAUUAAUGAAUAUGUCACCUCUGAGUUAGAAAAUCAGCUCGUUACAUAUACUAGCCGUUCGAACAUCAAUAUCUUAUUAGGUACUUAUAACGUCAAUGGUGCUACUCGAAAGGUUGAUUUAUCCAAAUGGUUAUUCCCUAUUGGUGAUAAAUUUAAACCAGACGUGGUUAUUUUGGGUUUGCAGGAAGUCAUUGAAUUAACUGCAGGUUCCAUUUUAAAUGCGGAUUAUUCGAAGGGUUCAUUUUGGGAGACUAUGGUUAGUGAUUGUUUGAAUCAAUAUAGUGAUAAAUACCUCCUACUGAGAGUAGAACAAAUGUCUUCUUUGAUAAUUUUGUUUUUCGUUAAAUCAGAUAAAGCAUCUAAUAUCAAACGUGUUGAAGGUGCCACUAAGAAGACUGGUUUUGGUGGUAUGGCUGGUAACAAAGGUGCAGUGGCUAUUAGAUUUGAAUAUGACUCUACAUCUUUCUGUUUCAUUAAUAACCAUCUAUCAGCUGGUGUCAUGAAUGUAGAAGAUCGUAAAAAUGAUUAUGAAAGUAUUCAAAACGGAAUCAUAUUUUCUAGGUCAAGAACAAUUCCUCAGCACGAUAGUAUAUUUUGGUUAGGGGAUACUAACUACAGAAUUAACCUAACUAAUGAAGAAGUCAGAAAAGAAUUGACCCUAAAGGAUGAUGGAUAUAUUGAUAGAUUAUUAAAUCACGACCAAUUGACCCUUGAAAUGAAGGCAGGUACUGUAUUUAAAGGCUUCCGUGAACCGUCACUGAAAUUCCGUCCUACUUAUAAAUAUGAUAAUGGUACUAAUAAUUAUGAUUCAUCAGAGAAGGCAAGAACGCCAUCUUGGACGGAUAGAAUUAUUUAUAGUGGUUCCAAUCUUCAGCCGUUAGCCUAUUCUGACGCCCCAUUAUUAUUAAGUGAUCAUAGGCCUGUGUUUGCCGCAUAUCGUGCGGGAGUAUUGACCAUUGAUGAACCAAAAAAGAUUGAAUUGACUAAAAAACUGUAUAACGAUUAUAAAACUUUGCAUCCGAAUGAAGCAAGUUCAUUGAGUGCACAAUUGGUCAACCUUGGUUUAGAAGGCGAUGAAUUUAUAGGAAGAACGAAACCACCAACGGUGCCAAGUGAUAUUAGCUUACUUGAUAUGGCGAUGAGAAAUGAACUAAAUCAAACGUCCUCUGCUUCGGCAUCUGGUGUUUCCUCUCCAACAAGUUCGUUGUCAAGAUCUAAUUCCCAAAUAUCUGAACCCUUGCAGCCUAAACGUGCAACUUCGAACACCGUGAUUCCUUCUAAUUCUAAUAAUUCAUCAAGGGUAGCCAGUAUGACAAGUUUAAAACCUGUAUUACGUCCACCUCCACCUCCAGCAUAUGUGAAGCCGGCAUUACCAGAUAGGCCAGUCGCUCCAAUUGAACCAAUUGAAAAAAAAGAAACGUCUGAUACCGGACCUGUUUCCUCUACACCUAGGGAACCUCGUAAGGAAAUAUCUCCGCCUCCUGGUUUCUCUAGUAGUGUGCUGACACCAAGGAACAGUAGUGCCUCUUCUCCCGCACCUGUGGUUAGUAAGGAGGUACUGCCAACUGAUAAUACGACAAAGCCAUCUCCAUCUCCACAAUCGCCAGAAUCAUCAAGUAGUGGCACAUCAGCUACUGAGAGAAUUUCAUCUGCAACUGUAACUCCCCAUGUUAACAAAUCCAUGUCUGCAUGGGAACCACUAACUCCAAAAUAA